AUGAUGCGGAAGUUAGCACCUACUGGUAUUGUCGCUGCUGAAAUCGAUGGUAUGACCAUCCAUUCAUUUUUGGGUGAGCAACACAACUCAGGAAAGGCGCGUACGAUUAAACCAGGCAAUUCAAAACUCGAGAAAGAAUGGGCUCUCGUUGAAUACCUCUUAAUUGAUGAGAUGAGUAUGGUUGGUUUAACUCUACUUGCGAAACUCAACCGAAUUAUAUGUGCUGGAAAACAUGCUGAUCCUCAAAUUCCAUUUGGUGGCGUAAAUGUCAUCUUCUUCGGUGAUUACUUACAAUAUCGACCUGUAUAUGAUGUACCUCUACAUACAGAUUUCUCUUUACCGGCCAAAAGUAAAUCAAACAAGAUAGCAACUGAAAAACAAAUCCAACAACGUGUUGCACGUUCUUUAAUUCUUCAAAUCAACUGUGUGAUCAAACUUACUCAACAGAUGAGAACAGACGAUUCACGUUACCUUCAGCUGCUCGAACGACUUCGUCAUGGUGAAUGUAACUACGAUGACUACCAAUUAUUGUUAAAACGAGUAGUGGGACAAUCUUCCGUACCCUUGUUAAGUGAUACACCAUGGAAUAAAGCUCCGAUUCUCGUAUUUCGUAAUGAAGUACGAACACAAUUAAACCAUAAGGCAGUUAGUCACAAAGCAGAACAAGUGGGACAAACACCAAUAGUAUGCGUUGCCCAAGACACCUGCAAAGGCAAACCAAUUGAAGAUCGAGCGCUUAUUAAAAAAUGA